AUGCGACGCUUGGAGCUGCGCAAGUUGUCGCUCUUGUGUCACAUUUUCCACCUCUGUAUUAGCUUUCUGGUGGAGGUGGCCGAUUCGUCAACGACGCCAACAGGACCUACCGUCGCCGGAGGGCUGUUCCACACGUGCGCGGUGUUAUCGGACCUAUCGCUCAAGUGUUUCGGGGGGGGCAGCGCCCUAGGAGUGACAGAGCUGGAACCCGGGUCGUCGGUGGAACAUGGCUUCGGCAAUUUCGGCCAACUGGGCACCGGCAACAAUGAAACCCUCGGAGAUGAGGAGGACGAAAUGAGUUCCAAUCUGCCGGAGGUUGAUCUCGGAGGUAACACGGUGCUGCAGGUAGCGGCCGGACAGAGCCACACGUGCGUCCUACUGGCCUCGGGGAACGUGGCGUGCUGGGGUUUCAAUGAAUAUGGCCAGCUCGGUCUUGGGGACACCGAGCACAGAGGAAACUCUUCUUCCGACAUGGGGGAGGGUCUGGCUGUCGUAGACCUGGGGACGGGUAGAACGGCAACCCACAUCGCUUGCGGACAGUACCACACGUGCGCCAUUCUCGACAUUGGGGCCCUGAAGUGCUGGGGGUACAACUCCUUUGGCGCGUUGGGGCUGGGAGACACAGACAAUCGGGGAGAAGCGAACGAUACAAUGGGUGACAAUCUACCGUUUGUCGACUUGGGUACUGGACACACGGCCUUGGCCGUGUCGGGAGGCAGGCAUCACACUUGCGCUAUCUUGGACAAUGAAGCGUUGAAGUGUUGGGGGGCGAGGAACGAUACCUCGUCCAACUACGGCCAGCUGGGGCAAGGCAACACUGACGGUAUCGGUAUCGCCCCAGGCCAGAUGGGAGACAAUCUACCCGAGGUCGACCUCGGGACAAACCGGACAGCUGUGGCUUUGGAGACUGGCUGGCACCACACGUGCGUGAUCCUGGACAACAAGGAGCUGCACUGCUUCGGCAGGAACCACGACGGCCAGCUGGGGCAGGGGGACACCGAGGAUCGGGGGUACACGGCCGGGCAGAUGGGAGACGACAUGGUCGGGGUGGAUCUCGGCGAAGGAAGGCACCCGGUGGCCGUGGCGGCGGGGCGGUGGCACACGUGCGUGCUGAUGGACAACGAUGAGGUGAAGUGCUUCGGUGUGAACACCGUCGAGGACCUGGGCGCCGGGCAGCUGGGCCUCGAGGACCAAAUCAGCCGAGGCGGUUCCCUGGACACCAUCGGGGACAACCUGCCGUCGGUGGAUCUCGGCACCGGGCGCGUGGCCGGCUGGGUGUUCGCGGGGUUCGACCACACGUGCGUUAUUUUCCAGGACUCCUCGCUCAAGUGGCGCCCCUUUCAAAACGCCUCUUUAACGCGGCGAAGAAGGUUGUACUGCAACCUCCUUUUCUUCCGACAAGCCUCUUUUUUUUCUCCUGGAGCAGAUUGGGGCAGACUUCCACCCCAAACCCACGUGGUGGUGGUAGAAGACGACGACGACGGCGACGCUCUCGGGAGCGCGGAUGGAGACGACGAGGUGCUGAGCACGGAAUGGAUAAUAGCUAUUGCCCUCACUGCGGUGGCCGGAGCGAUUUUCGUCGUGGGCAUCAUGUUUCUCUGCUGCUGCCGGCGUCUGGGGAGGCAAGGCGGCAACUCGGGCUUCUGCAAGAAGAAGAUGAAUCCCUCCGUGACCACGAGCGGUACUCAUCACGAAGCCGAAGCCGGCCAUCGUACGGGUGAGGAUGACGACGCUCGUGGACUCGAAGGCGGCGAAGUCCGCGUGGGCGCGGUGGGCUCAGCGGGGGCAGCGAUUACCGGAGGCGUGGCGCUCGGGUGGAACAUGGUCGGUGUGCUCGCGGAAGGCCUGCCGUGGAUUGGAGUGGCGUACCACAUGCUGAACGAGAUUGCCGACAGCGUGGACACCAGGAACGCGAUGCAGGGCAACAUGGUGAAGAUCAAGAGUUGGGCCAUCAGCCUGCGUGACGUUCUCGUGCAGAUGAGCCGUCAGAUGCAGACCCGGCCGGCGGUGAAUGCUCGCGCUCUGCAGCACAUGUCGACGGACGUCAUGAGCAGCCUGCAGACCCUCGUGGAUACGGUCGCCUCGUACAACGCGAAGGGGACCUUGGCGCAGUAUGCCUCUUCUCGCUCCUGCCAGAGGGCCGUCGACGCCGCAGACACCGCUCUCCGGGGGGCACUGACCAAGCUCAGCGUCGGGCAAGGCGCCGAGCUCAUCACCAUGGUGGGGCGCCUGCAGGGCGUUGGGCUGGUGGUGGACGAGAAGCUGGACAUGAUCAUCGAGCAGCUCCGGAGGCAGGAAGAAUCCGCGGCGAAGAUGGAGCUCAGUCUCGCCAAGUACUCCGCGUCCAUAGCUGAGGUUCUCGGACGUGUCUCUAGCGUCGGCAGCUCAAGCGGUGACGGGAAGGAACGACCACGCUCCAAUGGCAAGACGUUGCGUGAGCUCGGGAAGGAGCAACUGUACAAGCUACAAAUUUCCAAGGACGACGUGACUUACGCCAGCAAGAGGCCCUUCGCCUCUGGGAGCUACUCCGAGGUGUAUCAAGUCAUCCACGAGGGAGUCGUCAAGGCCGCGAAAAAGACGAACCUGGCACGGUUAGGGGUGGGCAAGAAGGACAUUGACCGCGUGUUCGAGAGAUUUGUCAAGGAGCUCUACAUCCUAAGCCAGAUGCACAGCGAGAGGGUGGUGUCGAUGUACGGCGCUAUCGCGUCUCCUACGGAGCUGACCCUAGUGAUGGAGUUUCUAGAGAGAGGCAGCAUUCGAACGAUCUUAGACGACGACAGGCAGCGGCAGAGCAUGACGCGGGUGGUGCGGCACGGCCUGCUGCUAGACACGGCUGAGGGCAUGACGUACCUGUACAACAACGGCGUCCAACACCGAGACCUCAAGAGCGCCAACUGCCUCGUCACCCACGACUGGCGGGUGAAGAUCUCUGACUUCGGACUUUCGAAGACCAUCGACGCCAUCUCGACGGGCUCUAGCAGUACCAUGUCUGGCAGCUUCAGGGGGGGGACGAUGACAUACAUGGCACCGGAGCUGUUGCCUGGAGGAGCGGGCGGAGACGUCCCAGCGGAGCUAAGCGAUGCCUACAGCUUCGGGGUAGUCGUGUGGGACAUCGUCUGCGGUGAAGGACGAACCCCGUGGGCAGGCGUGCGAAUUUAUGACCUGCCCCCGCUGUUAAGGAAGGGGGAGCGUCUCGACAUCCCGGUAGAGUGCGGCCGCUUCUACAGGAGGUUGAUGGUGAGCUGUUGGAACCAAGACCCCCACCGCCGCCCCACCUUCGACAGCAUCCUCAAGGACACGAGGAAGGAAGCAGACCGGCCGUUCUCCGCCGCACUCGCACCGUCCCUGCCUGCGGAUGCCCCCGCCGCCACCGGCAUCAUGCCGGCGUGGGGCCAACGCCGCCCCCGGGCCGGCGUUAUCGCACCGGUGCAGCGGGCUUGGAGCCAGCCGGUGACGUCACUGCCGGCUCCCGACGGUGCGCCAGGAGGCGAUGGUACCACCGCACCCAAGACGUCGAGGCAAGCAGCGACGGGGAGCGGAGUUGGGUCUGUCUCCGUGGGAUCUGCCGUUCCAGGCUCUCGGGUUCGGAAGAGUACACACGGGCGGGGAGGGGGAAAGGCACGGGCAGGAACAUCCCAGGCGUCGGGGCGAAGAGCACGCAGGGGGGGGGGUGUCGUAGCGCUGCAAGAGCCAAGGCGUGUGCAGGUUGUUCAUGGAUUUAGGCUGGCAGGGGGGGACGGGGAAGCUUGAGUGAGUGGUGCGGGCCUUUUCUAUCAGUGUUGUGGCGGGCGGGGAAAGGGAAAAGCGCUCAAUGCGAUUUCGGAAGUACGCACUGGUAGUUUGGGCGUUGCUGUAUGUUUGGUUGCCAUCAUCUGCCGUGAGGUUCGCAAAUUUUUGUGUGUUUGUUGUUCGGUUUCGACGAAUGCGGUGCUGGUGCACAUUUUGGUAACGAAUGCACCAGCGCUUACGGCGAAGCUGUCGGUGUGUGGCUGUUUGGUUGUGCGUCGUCCGCUCACUCGCGGAUUUGUAAAUUAAAUUGGUUGCUGACUGCGCGGACAGACAAGGUUGGAGCUUGUGUUGGUUUGUGGUCUGAAUCGCAGCUGAGGCAAGAAAGACAGAGAACACCAUGCAUCGUGUACGAAGUAUAUGUUUUCAGCUUGGCAUGGGAUUGGAUUGGAUUGUUGUGAUGGUAUGUACGAUGUAUGUGCGUUUGCUUCAGUUUGGUACGAGCAUGAGACUCUGCUGUAAUGUAGCAAAGAAAUCUGAGAUGGAUUCAGAUUAUUUUUUGCGGACCAUCUAUCCAGCUCUGCUCAUUUUCAGCACUGUCUGAAUUGUACCCGGAUCCGUCGGUGCUGAACGGCUGUCAUGUCGUGUUUUGUGGUGUCAUUUACGUCUGAGGCUGGGCCGCGCCUCGUUCAUUUCGGCCGGCUCAUUUGUAUUGCUGUCUGUGUUUUAUAGAGCGUA